CAAGAUCCGAGGAGCCAUCGACCGAUCAAAAGUCUCUCCUCUUUGCUUGCUUCUCUCUCACUUGUUGCUCUGAUUCCUCAAGAACUCAUCGCUAAUUAGGUGUGGUAGAGAGCAGCUAAUUAAGCUGAGCUAGCAUGGAGAGCAAUGGCGAGGCGGCGGCGCCGGCGCCGGUGCCGGAGCCGACCCCGCCGCCGUGCCAGGGGAGGCUCAUCACGGUGCUGAGCAUCGACGGCGGCGGCAUCCGCGGCCUCAUCCCGGCCACCAUCCUCGCCUGCCUCGAGGCCAAGCUCCAGGAGCUGGACGGGCCGGAGGCGAGGAUCGCGGACUACUUCGACGUGAUCGCCGGGACGAGCACGGGGGCGCUCAUCACGUCGAUGCUGACGGCGCCGGACGAGAACCGCCGGCCGCUCUUCGCCGCCGCCGACCUCAACACGUUCUACCUCGAGAACGGACCCAAGAUCUUCCCGCAGAGGAAGGCUGGGUUCUUGACGCCACUGGUGAACAUGAUGGGGGUGGUGUGGGGGCCCAAGUACGACGGGUCGUUCCUGCACGACAAGAUCAAGAGCCUGACCCACGACGUGGCCAUCGCCGACACCGUCACCAACAUCGUCGUGCCGGCGUUCGACGUGAAGCGGCUGCAGCCCAUCAUCUUCUCCACCUACGAGGCCCAGGGCGACCCGCUCAAGAACGCCCACCUCUCCGACAUCUGCAUCAGCACGUCGGCGGCGCCCACCUACUUCCCGGCGCACUUCUUCCAGAUCCCUGACCCCGCCGGCGGCGAGCCCCGCGAGUUCCACCUCAUCGACGGCGGCGUCGCCGCAAACAACCCGACAAUGGUGGCCAUGUCGAUGAUCUCCAGGGAGGUGCUGCGCCAGAACCAGGAUUUCAAGCUGGGUAAGCCAGCGGACUACAGGCACUACCUGGUCAUCUCGAUCGGCACCGGCACGGCGAAGAUCGCGCAGAAAUACACGGCGCCCGAAUGCGCCAAGUGGGGCGUCCUCCGGUGGCUCUACGACGGCGGCUUCACGCCGCUCAUCGACAUCUUCACCCAUGCCAGUGCUGACAUGGUCGACAUCCACGCCUCCGUGCUCUUCCAGUCUCUCUGCUGUGAGCAGAGCUACCUUCGCAUUCAGGAUGAUUCGCUGGAGGGGCACACGUCGUCGGUGGACAUCGCGACGAAGGAGAACAUGGAGGCGCUGAUCGGGAUCGGGAAGGGGCUGCUGAAGAAGCCGGUGGCGAGGGUGAACAUCGACACCGGGGUGCACGAGGCCGUCGACGGCGAGGGCACCAACGAGGAGGCGCUCGCGCGCUUCGCCAAGCAGCUCUCCGACGAGCGAAGGCUACGCAAGAGAAACCACAACUCCUACUAAGCUAGCUCUAAGCAGAGGCUAGCUGGCUCUGUCUGUUCUACCUGAUCAAGCUAAGAAGGCCAAGAGGAGAUGUAAAAUUAAAUAAGUUGCUGUGGUGUGCUGAUUAAAUGUGAUGUGAUCCGGGCGAGACGCUGUAUAUGCAUGAUGUAAUAAUAUUGGACAACGCUUUGGUGCAUAUUACUUGUAGUAUAAUACUGCCAGUAGAACUAAUCUCGUCCAUUUAUUUAAA